GGCACAUACACAUAGAGGUUCAGACUGUACACUCGGAAGGAAUUUUACAUCAUAUAUCGUCAAAAUACCCGGAUUUUCAUCGUCAAGUUGUGGUUCAAGUUGUUCUCAAGACUGUACCCGGUUUUAGGGUUCGUGUGGAUGUUAUACACUAAGGAAUUAUUUGAUGGAUUACCGAUAAAUGCAGAUUCGCGGGUCGACCUCGAGCCGAGCUGUGCUGUAGCGACUGGUCGAUGUACACACCAUACACACCUCGUUUCCCUAUGUUUUUGCUUGUGUAGAUUGAUUCUUGUGUGGAAUUAUAUGAACAGUACAGUCUAAAUGAAGACUGGUGUAAUUUUUGGGAUAUAAUUUAUACAAACGAACCCAGCGAUGUAUCCUAAUCGUCAUCCGACGCCGCACCAACCCGGCCAACCGUUUAAAUUUACGGUGGCGGAAUCGUGCGAUCGAAUAAAAGAGGAAUUCAGCUUUCUACAAGCCCAAUAUCACAGUUUAAAAAUGGAAUGCGAGAAACUGGCUCAGGAAAAGACAGAAAUGCAACGACACUAUGUUAUGUAUUACGAGAUGUCGUAUGGAUUAAAUGUGGAAAUGCAUAAACAGACUGAAAUUGCCAAGAGGCUGAAUGCUAUCUGUGCUCAGGUCAUUCCAUUUCUUUCUCAGGAGCACCAGCAGCAGGUUGCAGCAGCAGUAGAAAGAGCCAAACAGGUGACUAUGACAGAACUCAAUGCUAUCAUUGGGCAACAAAUGCAGGCUGGUCAGCACCUGGCAGGUGCCCAUGCUCACGGGGCCCCACCCUUCCCAAUGCCUCCCCAUCCCCCAGGACUACAGCCUCCAGGGCUGCCCUCAAGUACUGCAUCUACUCUCCUCGCCCUCACUGGCCACGGUGCCCUUGGGCUUUCCUCGCACCUCAAUUCACUCAAGGAGGAAAAAGAUGAAAAACAUAGAUCUUCCACCUCACCAGGAGAUAGAGACAAGUAUGGUGAAAAAUAUGCAGAUAAAUUCAGUGAAAAAUACCCAUCACAUCGUAGCCGAACCCCAGAAGUAAAUGAAAAUGCAACAAAAAAGCGAAGAACGGAGGAGAAGUCUGUGGAUAGUGAUGCUGAGAAGAGUGACUCUGAGCUGGUUGUCGACGUAGGGGAGGUGAGCAGCCACAAACCAAUCGCUGAUUCAGCUCCACCUAUGAAUGGAGAUCUAUCGCCAAGAGAAAAAGCCCCCAAAGAGCUCCCAAAGAAAUCAGAAGAUAGAAUAAGCCCUCGUAGUGAUGCUUCCUCCCAUGGAAGCGUUGCAUCAAACAAACAUGGCAGAGAGAAUGAAAAGGCAUCAACUCCUGUUUCCAAGCCAGCCACCCCAACAAGUUCUGGAAGCACUACACCAGGGCCCUCUGGAGGGAGUGCCAUGAAGUCAGGUGGGAAGUUCCCCCUUGCAGGUUCCUAUCCCCCUUUUAUGCCCCCAGGCGGACCCCAUGGCCUGCCAGCGGAGAUCCCUCCAGCCAGUUACAGCAACGGAAUCCUCCACAACAAUAUUUCCCCAAAUCCCGCCAUUGGCAACUACCACCGACCUCUUUUCGAUCCUCACCCCCCAGCGAUGAGGCCCGGGGCAGGCAUGGGAGGAAUCCCCGGGGGAAAGCCAGCAUAUUCCUUCCACGUUAGUGUUGACGGCCAGAUGCAGCCUGUGCCGUUUCCACCAGAUGCCCUGAUUGGUCAGGGCAUCCCACGCCAUGCUAGGCAGAUCAACACACUGAACCAUGGGGAGGUGGUGUGUGCUGUCACUAUUAGUAAUCCCACAAGACAUGUCUACACCGGAGGCAAGGGAUGUGUAAAGGUGUGGGAUAUAAGCCAGCCUGGAAACAAGAGUCCCAUUUCACAGUUAGACUGUCUGCAAAGAGAUAACUAUAUAAGAUCCAUUAAGCUUCUUCAAGAUGGGAGGACAUUAAUCGUUGGAGGGGAAGCCAGUACUUUAUCCAUAUGGGACCUAGCCGCACCAACCCCUCGCAUUAAAGCAGAGCUGACCUCAAGUGCGCCUGCAUGUUACGCUCUGGCCAUUAGUCCAGACUCCAAAGUCUGCUUCAGCUGUUGUAGUGAUGGUAACAUUGCAGUCUGGGACCUUCAUAAUCAGACCCUUGUCAGACAAUUCCAAGGCCACACAGAUGGAGCAAGUUGUAUAGAUAUAUCUCCAGAUGGUACAAAACUAUGGACUGGAGGGCUGGACAAUACAGUCAGGUCAUGGGACCUUAGAGAGGGAAGACAAUUACAACAGCAUGACUUUAGUUCACAGAUAUUCUCUCUGGGAUACUGUCCCACGGGCGAGUGGCUGGCCGUUGGUAUGGAGAGCAGUAAUGUUGAAGUGUUACACUGCAGUAAACCAGACAAGUAUCAGCUACACCUCCAUGAAAGUUGUGUCCUGUCACUCAAGUUUGCAUACUGUGGCAAGUGGUUUGUCAGUACAGGCAAGGACAACCUCCUCAAUGCAUGGCGCACUCCCUAUGGUGCUAGUAUCUUCCAGUCAAAGGAAUCCUCGUCAGUGUUAAGCUGUGACAUAUCUACGGAUGACAAAUACAUCGUGACGGGUUCGGGUGACAAAAAGGCUACGCUGUACGAAGUUAUAUUUUAAAUGACACACUUUCGUGUCACACAGAUCUCCUAGGCCACCACAAGUGUUUCACUGAGCAUACCCGAACUCUUAGUGAAAUCCAAUGUUCACUUCAAGUUGGAUAUAUGUAAGCUCGUCACUGAUUGGUGGAAACCUAUAUUGUAUUCUGAAAGGACAGAAUUCGGAUGUAAAUGUUUUAAGAAAGACACCAGCAGGGCUAUGAAAUAGACCAAUGGAACUGUACGUAUCAGUGCAUGGUGACAUUUCACAACCAACAGAAGAGGCAAAUUAGCUUCUUUGGGCAUCCGACCUAAGAAAUCCAUUUCCUGGUGAACACUAUGUGUUAACAAGUUAAAAAACAAUUUUUUCCCUUGUAUUUCUUGAUGUGGAUUAAAUGUUGAAUGGCAGAUUUCAUGUGGAAGCAGUUUUUGUGGUAACUAAGUAAUUGCCAAGGCAAUAGACAAACCUGCUACAGAGUGCUAUAAUUACCUCAUCAACAUAAGUGUAGACGGGAGGAACCCUAGCACUGAGUAUGAACACAAUUAGACAGAGUCAUCUUGCCCAAACUUAGUCCCUGUGAUUCAAAAUUUUGAUCAAAUGUGUGUAAAUAUUUUAGACAAUUUUACCCCAUUGUUUUCAUUUACUUUUUUUUCUCCAGCAAAAAAAGUAUAUAUAUAAGUAUAUAAAGACCUUGAUGUGAAAAACAAUUGUGUAUGGCAAUUUUGAUUUUGACCUUGUAUGUUUCCACAAGGUCACUAGAUUGAGACAGUGAAAUGGAUUGUGUUGUGAUUCUUGUGGAAGUGUAAGAGGUUUUAUGACUGAUACUGGAUGGUGCAUUGAAUCAUAUUGAUGUUUUUUGAUGAUUAAGGCAUAACUUAUGACAACAGGUGUACUGUUGUAACUAAUGACAACAGGUGUACUGUUGUAACUAAUAGCAACAGGUGUACUUUUGUAACUAAUGACAACAGGUGUACUGUUGUAACUAAUGACAACAGGUGUACUGUUGUAACUAAUGGCAACAGGUGUACUGUUGUAACUAAUGGCAACAGGUGUACUGUUGUAACUAAUGACAACAGGUGUACUGUUGUAACUAAUGGCAACAGGUGUACUGUUGUAACUGAUGACAACAGGCGUACUGUUGUAACUGAUGACAACAGGCGUACUGUUGUAACUGAUGACAACAGGCGUACUGUUGUAACUGAUGGCAACAGGCGUACUGUUGUAACUGAUGACAACAGGCGUACUGUUGUAACUGAUGACAACAGGCGUACUGUUGUAACUGAUGGCAACAGGCGUACUGUUGUAACUGAUGGCAACAGGCGUACUGUUGUAACUGAUGGCAACAGGCGUACUGUUGUAACUGAUGGCAACAGGCGUACUGUUGUAACUGAUGGCAACAGGCGUACUGUUGUAGCUAAUGACAACAGUUAUACUGUCGUAACUAAUAACAACAGGCGUACUGUCGUAACUAAUGACAACAGUUAUACUGUCGUAACUAAUAACAACAGGCGUACUGUCGUAACUAAUGACAACAGUUAUACUGUCGUAACUAAUAACAACUGGUGUACUGUUGUAACUAAUGACAACAGUUAUACUAUUGUAACUAAUAACAACUGGUGUACUGUUGUAACUAAUGACAACAGUUAUACUGUUGUAACUAAUAACAACUGGUGUACUGUUGAUAUACACAUUAUGACCUAGACUUAUUAUGAUUCAUCAAUUACUUUUUUUUCUCAUUCUACCGGGGAAAAAAUUGAGCAGCACUUUCUCUUUUGAACAAGUCCUGGUCCAAAUGAUAACUACAGGCCGCUUUGAAGCUAUUUUCAUUCUUGUUGAAAUUGUCAUCCCAAUAUAUGGAAAAUCAGGUAGAAUAAUUGUUUGCGAUGUAUUUUGUCAAUGUUGUUGUCACAAGUUUUUCUCCUAGUAUUUUUUUUAUGGAUAGACAACACUCCUCUCAGGUCAUAGUCCUCUAAGGGACACAACACUGUAUGCAUGCCCAUUUGAGAAUCCCAUCUGAUUUAGAAUCAUGUUUUAAAUUUGUUCAUUGACUUUCUCUUUUUGAUCAAAUUUCUUAGCUCUGCUGUGAACAAUAAAAUUGUAGCCAGAGGGCAUGAAGUAUCCCCAUAAAGAAUCACCUUAUUGUGUGUUCACUGAAUAUAUGAAUUGGGGAGGAAUGAUCUUUGGCUCAUGUUGUCAUGUAACCUGAAUGAACACUAUUGUUUUAUAAUGAUAUGUUCGCUGGGUUUUUAUGAACAUGAAUCUUUAUGAGGUUCAGAUUGAACAUGAGUUCUGAUCAUGCCCUCAAGUUUGUAUAUAUACCAAAUGUAUGUGAACUUCACCAGUUAAAUUCACAUGAAGAAUAAAAGAGACCAUGUGUUCAGUGUUCACAUGCUGUGCAUGCACACAAAAAACCUGCAAUAAUGAUCAUCUGCACUCCUGUAUCCCAUCAUGUGCACUAGACCUGAAAAGUCAACCAGCAUGCAUGUUUCAGCCAUGAGAAACAACACAAAAUCACAUCUGUCAUAAUUUCCAUCAGCAGUACUGACCAUCUAAGAAAUGGUCCUGGAAAUUGGUUAAUUGAGAAAUAAACAUUGUUGCUGAACCAUGAAUUUUUUUUACCAGACUGUAGAGCAUGAAACUAAGAACAUUGCACUGCCAUGUGAUUUCAAUGUCUUAGAUUUAAACAAUUUAUUAAGGAUUUCUUUAAAUGUACCAUGGGCUUCAUUCCUCGAAAUCCAGGAUUUCUUUUUAAGUGAUAGUUAGGUAGUAUACUAGUAAAGUGAAAGUAGAUGAAAACAAUAUACCUCUGCCGGGGCCUACUAAUGACAGUCCCAUCUCAUAUCCAUUGUUGUAAAAGAAUUGUACUAGGUAUAAAUGUUGUGUAAAUGGUGAGGAAUGUAUGUUUCUGUGCUAAGUGAAACCAUAUGUAUAAUAUUAAAGUUUGUUUGGCAGGACUAUGGGAUAUGUGUACCUGAACAUUAGAUGGAUUAAAUAGUAUAUAUGUAUAAUAUAAAAAAAAAUGUAUGACUGGGGUAUGCUUGAGGGUAUCUGUACAUGUGUUGAAAAUAGUCCAAUUAUCACCUCUCCCAUUCAUAGCAGAUAUUGUGCUUGUGGAUUCUCAUGUUCUCAUCCCACACUUGGUGUUGAUUGUCAGCUCAAGCUCAGAGCAUAAUAAUGGUGGUGAUGAUGACACUGUAUUACGUAUAUAAAACUAUUUAGGAGAAAUUUUUUCUCAUCAAGGACAUGGAAAGAUGUGACAUUUCUAGUCAAUAAGUUCCCAUUCACAAAUGUCCAAGGGUAUAUCUUAUCAACAGCUGUUGUACAUAGGUCUGUCUGGUUAAAUUCUUUCUGUUUGGAAUGUAACCUUCUAGUAAAAUUUUACUCAACAUCAAUUAUCAUUUGUCUGUUUGAAACUGUAUGAAAAAUUUUUAUUCCAUAUUUUGUUAUAAUUAAGAAAAGGGGUAUUUGGAAACAAGUUUGUUAAAAAAAAUUGUCUAUCCUUAAUGCAUUUUGUUCCGCUGUAUUUCCAUAAAGAAAGUUACCAGAAAAUUUGUUUUGAAAUUAUUUUUAAAUGAGGACAUCUUUGUUUUCUAUCAUGGCAAAUUUCUCACAUUUCGUUAAAAUAAGAAUAAUGGCAGCAAGAUGCGUUCAGUAGGGUACUAGCACGUUUUUCUGGCAUUUACUCUAAGGUAUGUAUAAACAGAUAGUAGUUUAGAUACAAAUAUACAUUCCCCUAGAUUGUGCACAACAAACAGUAGCAUCAUGUCAAACAGACAACUGAUAGCUCCUCUCUAUCUCAAGACUGGUUCUCUCCCUUUUGGUCCUCCCAACCUUACAGGUGGCACUUCAUCUGCUGAAGUAUCAUUCAUGCUGUGGUCAUUGUCCCUUAUCAGACAAUCCAGUCGGCAGUGGCAAAGGUACAUGGUGGGAUUGAAUUAUCUCCAGUAGAUGAUGGCACCUGCUAAGAGGUCAAUAUCUGGAACUGUUUUUCACAUGGUGUAAUUCCUGUGUAAACUACUGCAGGUGUUACCAUUGUUAAAUAUCAGAUAUUUCACAUAGGUGGCAGCACUGAAGCAUGUUGCAAAACUGGCAAGAUCUGUUUUGAAGGGCAGGUUCUACAGAUGAUAGCACCAUUUCUGUAGGACAUGUUACAUAAAUGGCAGCACCGUCUCUGUAGGACAUGUUACAUAGAUGGCAGCACCAUCUCUGUAGGACAAUGUUACAUACAUGUAGCUGGCAGCACCGUCUCUGUAGGACAUGUUACAUAGAUGGCAGCACCAUCUCUGUAGGACAUGCUACUUAGAUGACAGCACCAUUUCUAUGUGACAUUCAACAUAAUUGUCAGUGCUUCAUUGGUGUAGUGACUCUAUAAAGGUCAAAGGUUAUGAAAAAUCAGCCUUUCUAAUCCCAGUACAAGUGUUGCACUUUGACAGUUUCUAUGUGGUGGGAAACUAGAGUUAGGGCCCUUGUAUUUGUGGGCAGGUUUGAGAGACAGUCUAGAAACAACAAGUAGAUAUGAUACCCUGUUGAAAUUGUUAUAACUAUUCUCUAUUUUUGUAAUUAAAAGUUUACAAAAACAA